AUGGCGUGCAUGCAGAUAGCAGCAGCAGCAGCAAACUCAUUGGAGGGACACUGGAAGUCGAGUGGUGUUGCUGUUGUUCGAUCAUUUGCCUUUGAUUAUAAAUUAAAAAGACAAAGUUGUCUCCUUGAUGUCUCCAAGGAGACACUUGCUGCGCUGCUGCCUAAGGAGCUGCAGCAGCAGCAGCAGGAGCAGGAGCAGCAGGAGCAGGAGCAGCAGGAGAAGGAGAGGGUACUGCUAUGCUUAUGUAAGGGUAGCAUAGAUUCAAUUUCUUGUAUUUGUUCGUCUCCUUUGCCUAAUGAUUGUCUCCUUAUUCAUAACCAAUUAGCAGCAAAAGGUAAUUAUAUAUUAGCUGUCUCCUUUAAGGUAUUAUCUCUUCCUCUAUACAGCAGCAGCAGCAGCAGCAAGCAGCAGCAGCAGCAGCAGCAGCAGCAGCAGCAGCAGCAGCAGCAGCGGAAGCAGCAGAAGCAGAAGCAGGAGCAGGAGGAGGAGGAUGACCAAGAGGAGGAGGAAGAGGAGGGAGAGGGAGAGAGGGAGAAGAUGUGCAGCAGCUGUGCAGCAGCAGCAGCAGCAGCAGGACUGCAACGGGAGGAGAUAGAGAGCAACAUGAAUUUUAUUGGUUUGCUGCUGCUAGGUAAUAAAUUAAGAGAAGACACAAAGGAGACAGUGCAGCAACUGCAGCAAGGAAGGAUAAGACCUAUUAUUAUUACAGGGGAUAAUGUAUUUACUGCUGCUGCUGUUGCUAUACAAGCCGGUAUGCUCCAACCAACUGCAGCAGCAGCAGCAGCAGCAGCAGCAGCAGCAGCAGAUGGACCAGCAGCAGCAGCAGCAGGAGGAGGAAAAGGAGCAGUAGAAGGAGGAGGAACAGACGCAGGAGAGAAAAAAGAAGAAAAUGGAGACACUGCAGCAGCAGCAGCAGCAGCAGCAGCAGCAGCAGCAGCAGCAGCAGCAGCAGCAGCAGCAGCAGCAGAUACGUUGGCCCGAGUUGGCGGUGACAGAGGAAACGUUUGA